UGGAAUCUCCAAACACAAAUGUGGCGCAUUCUCCUUCCUCCCCCAAUUUUGAAUCUAGGGUUUCCAAUUUAUUAUUACGCGCUUCAACACCUUCUUCAUCCCUCGCCAGACGUUUUCCUUUCGCUGCUUCGUCAAGUCCCCCUAUUUUCUUCCGCUGAACCUAAAAUGUAUGCAAAGCAUCCAUCUUCUUCCGCGUGAUUGCAGAACCUUAAACCUGACUCGCGGCAAUGGCGUUUUCAUUCACUCCUCAGCCGCAGCAGCAAUCGUCGCUAUUCCAAACUCCGUCUGCUCAACAGCAACCGUCGCCGUUUCCGCAGUUCAAUGCCUUCUCGCAAACGCCGCAGACGCAAUUCAACUUUCAACCCCAGCAGUCACAGCCGCAACAGCCUCAGCAGCAGCCGCAGCUGUUCUUGUUCACCAACAGUAAGACGCCUGCUACUUAUGGAACCAAGUGGGCCGACCUCCAUCCAGACUCGCAAAAAUUCCUCCUAAAAAUUGAAGAGAAAGUACUUGAAUACAGAGAUGAAAGUCAACGCCUUGAUCAAUGCAGCCGGUUGUAUGAUUCUUCAGUGUCAAAUGAUGGGUUUGAGCUAGAUGCUAGUCAUAGUAUUCAGGAACUUGGUGGAAUCAGCACAUCAAUGGAACGACAAAAAACUAUUCUUCAAGAGCUAAUGUAUGUUGUUAAAGAUAUGCUGCGCAAUACAGAGGUAGCGGUUCGCUCUUUCAUGAUGUUACGCCCAAGGUUUCUCCAUCAAAAUGCACCUGCUGCAGGUUCAGCAACAGCAUCACAGAUCUCUGGCACCAUAGUACCUGCAACCUCAAGUGCUCAAGCAACAACUAUUCCCACCUUUCCUGUUUUUGAUUUCUACAGUGGGAUUCCAAAGAAGCCUUCCCCAUUCCUGCAGCAAACUGUAGCUAGAUUUGAGAAACAUCUUGCUGAAUGCCGACAGUGGGUUGAAGAACUGGAGCAGUUGAUCUUGUCGGGUUCUGAUAGAAAUUCUCUCAAUACCAACGCGUCACUGCUGCAGUCACUUCCACAAGUCAUGUCAAAUGUGCAUGACUUUUUUGUUCAUGUUGCAGCAAAGGUGGAGAGCAUUCAUCAAUACAUUGAAUCUAUGAAAUCGGCAUACCUUACCGAUCAACGUCGACGAGGGGAUGUUGGUGAUCCAUUUCUUGAAGCUGACCGACGGGAAACCGCCAAGCAAGAGGCUGCUGCACGAAGGGUUCAUCCAACUCUGCAUUUGCCUGUGAUACCAAAACCACCAACUCAAGUUACUGGACUGCUGUCCAGCUCAGCCACUCCUGGAACAUCUACUGCACCACAAACAUCUGCUGGCAUUGCAAGCAGCUCAGCUGCAAGUGGCUCCUCACUUUUUAGUACCCCUGCAAUUGCCACAUCAUCAUCUUCUAUGUUUUCUACACCCAUUGCCUCUACUCCAGCAAACACAUUAUUUGGGCCUGGCGCUUCCCCACAGACAUCAUUAUUUGCCCCCUCCUCCACUUCAACACCAGCAUUUUCUAAUACACUGUUUGGGACAACCCCUUCUUCUGCAGCUACAAAUUUUUCAACCCCAUUUUUGUCAGGAGCUGCAACGGGAUCAGGAUCAAGCUUUGGAACAUUAUCUAAGGCAAGAGGUAAAAGUCGCACUGGAAGACGAUAAAACAAAACAUAUCAAGUACAGAUGAGAUCAGAAAUAAUCCUCUUAUUUGCUUUGAUUGUGAGACAUUUUGCUAGUAAAUCAGUAUAGUUCUUUGUCCAAGAUCUCCUUCACUGUUCAAUGCUGCACUUUUGACUGCAAUCCAAAUAAUACUGAUGCAGAACCAUCGGCCAAGUUUGUUUUUUUAGGGGUAACAAUGCAUUUUAUCAUACGGAGUACAUUUUUUCAGAUGCUGUUGUAACAAUGUAAUUUUGUCGGAUUCACGACUUCCCAACUUUAACUAGAUUGGUCUAAGUAGGGAGCUAGAGGUUGAGUGGGUGUGUAAGUUUAGAAGUAACGAGUUUGAAUAUCAUUGUUAUGCAUUUUUUU